UCCCGACACGACAUGAUCAGUGCGAGAGGAGACUCCGACAUGACAUGAUCAAUGCGAGUUGAGUGUGCGACAAGAGGUGACCUGAAGGACUAGAGCGAUUGGGAGAAAUUGCCAGUAGGGCUACAGGUCGAUGGAACAGGUGUGAAACCUGUCUCACACCUUUACUGACACACCUGUUCAUUUUUCAUGUUACCUGUGAACCGAGAGGUUGUAUAGUCCAGAUGCGCAAGACACCUCUUAGACUUGGACACUGGUCUAAACUUCACUAUAUCACCUCUCCAUAUACACUGGGAUAACAACUCAAGGCUGAUCUGGGCGCCCCUGCAGCAUCUCUGUGUAUCUUACAAAACCGUCACGAUGACGUACCCACACUCGUCUAACUAUGACGUCCGGCGUCAAGAACAUGAACCAGCGUUCGGUGGAGAGGGGGGCUGUGUUGGUGCAGCGUCUCACGGGUUACCAUGGUGAUGGAAAAGACGUGACGAACCCCCGUGAGUUGUACACAAUCUUGUCCCAAGCAGAGACAAAGAGGUACAAGGCGGGUGUCAACAUUCCUCUGCUUGUCAAUGAGUCCACGUUACAACAGAAAGUUAAUCAUGAAAUGAACAUACGUGUCAAGGGAUAUCGACCCGAGAAGAGACCAGAGUCGCCUCCCUUUCAUCACCAGAGUUCUUUUGAGUUAUUUGACUUUGCAUCUGGAGAGUUGCCUACCUUGACAUUAGUGAGACAUUCAUCCAGUCUUGAAGACCUCUCGACAUUAAAACGACGCGACAAUAAAAGGACAAAUCUAUCUUCUACAGAUACAUCUGAAAACCUUCCGGGUUUAAAGCACAAACAUCCAAAGGUAGCAUUCUGCGAAGAUGUGAAUGAGCUUGAGAAUAAAGACCAUAAUUCGGGAAUUGUCCUCCCUAAAAUACCAAAGGUUCUUGAAAAGACAUUACCCAUAGCUCUAGCCGCAGCGAGUCCGGACCCUGAACAAGAACCAGAGAGUGAGGAGAUAACUGUAGAUCGCCGUCUCGUUGGUGUUCCUCCUGAACUUGUCAGCCGCGCUAGGCAGAUACUUAUGGAAGAGACAUACAGGGAACAACUGCGGGCUCGUGUUCUGGGGCUCAACAGGAAUCGGACCUUGUUUCCAAGGGAAACAGGCAAGUCGACUGAUCUAAAGGCUUAUGACAUGUAUCCUGCUCAGUACUGGGAGUUGAGAGCUGAAACAGUGCAGCAGCCUCAGGACCUGGAGUCGGAUAUGAUAGAUAGAGAUUAUUACAGGAUGAAGCAGAAGUCGGUGUUGAAGCUGAAAGUGAUGGACCGUGAAUCACGAGCAAAGGGCGAGCGAUCACCUUCAGACUCAUCGUCACCUACUACUCAGCGAGACAUACUUCGACCUCUGCCACGACUGUUUAACCCAAAGCCUAGACAUAACCACAUGGAAUCAUUUGAGGAUGAAACAGUUGGCUUAAGUCCGUUUACCAACUUGAUGCUGGGACCUGUUGUUGCGGAAGCUGCAGGCACGUGUCAUCAGGACACGGACUCUGUGACAGGCCCUCCAAAUUCCAGAAAGACCAAUCGUCAUAUGUUCCCCUACCUUCUGUCCCAGGACCCAUUGCCUGAUAGCGUGACACGGUUUCCCAAAUACACACAGGUCGUGAGUACCCCUCGACCAAGGUAUAUGCCUCCGACAUCAGUCGUGAACCUGACUAUAGACCACCCUACCCCACGCCGCCGUCGACCAAGACACAUUGAAAAGAACCUGGAGAAGCAGAAACACUCCACCAAAGCAAGCGAAGUCACACCUUGUGGUAAAACUAAUGUGUCUGAUUCAUUGGUAGGUAGGAGUGAAGCGCUACCAGGUAAUGACACUGCACGAAAUGUCGUUGAUGAUGUCAUUCAAGAAGCCCCAGAGCCAGUGUCCCAAGAAGCUGAAGAACCGUACGAUGACCCAAAGAACAAGAUAUCCCUGUUAACUGGCUUCAAGAAACUGGAGGUGUUCGGAGAAAUUAAAAAUGAGCCUCCUGAGAGGACCCAGAAAAUUAUCACAAAAGCGCCACCCCCAAGUCGAUACUUGCCCCAAUGUUACCCUCCCUUAUACAAGCUGGACAUGAAGAACUACCCACCCCAAGGGAACAUGAUCCAGGCGUUGCUUAAUUUUGAAGGACACCAAGAAAUCCACGGAGCGGACAACAACCCUAUUUCGCUCAGCGUUAUUGAUGGUGAUGCCAUCCUGUCUAAAGUGCAAACCACUGGCGACCCACAGACCUCAAGGACGGUCAAGUCCGAAGGGGCCGUUGGACAGACGCCGAUGCGAGACACCCCCGUAUUGUCAAGCUCGUGAUUACAAUAGGGCAUUGAACAUUGUCUUCAACCAUCUUCGAAUAAUGCUUGAGUGGUCAAGUUGAGAUGUGUAUCCCCCAAUAAGCGAAUAUCCGCUGUGGUGAACUGAAUUGUACGCGUCAGAUUGAAUCAGCUACAUGAUCCAUUCUCCUGAGGACCCUUGGGACAAUACCUGCGUUGCAGGUGGUACCAUUAUCCUAAAAGUAUACUUACACCAACAUAAUAUUGACAGAUGUAACAUCAUAAUGUAAACCUAUAAUUACAAAUGCAUACUCACGUUUCUUUGACGUAUACAGUAUUUGUGACUAUUUCAAUGCGAGGCCAGUAUUUAUAGUUAUCAUAUUUUCCAUUUCGGAGAAAUAUAGCGUACCUUUGAAGUAUAAUACCCGUACUUUUGUCAUUUGCCACGGAUGAAUGGCAACCGUCAUGUCUAAAGUGGACAUUACAUCAUGACCAUGGGAUAUAAAUCGGGACAAGUUUUAAUCCAGACAUGUGUUUUGAUCCAGACAUUUCAAAGUGGACAGGGCAUUUCCGGAUUAUGGUGAUUUCCCUGCAUGAUUAAUUGGAUUGUGCAUGGUAUACCAUGUACACCCGAAAAGACGAUUUCCCAAUAGAUUGUGUGUAGGAUGUGCUUCUAAAUGCGUGUUUUGUGUCUAACUACGUGUGUCCAGUGUGUGUAUAGUGUGUACAAUUCAACAUUGUCAGAGAUGAGAUUCAAGUGUGUUGUUUUGUCAAACUUUCCAAGAUAGACAAAGGUUGUUUAACAAAACUUGUAAAUAUCGUUCUGAAGGAUACUUUAAAUUGAUUCUCACUAUAUGAGUGAACAAUAAAAUGUUUCUGAAACUAA